ACCAAGUUAAACCAAUCAAUAACUACAGCGUAACAUGGAGAGGGCUCUUCCCUAACUCCAUUUGAACAUUCGAUUUCUGCCAUGAACAACCUUUCAUUGUAGUUCAAAAAAUGAGCAAGCCAGUGACGCAACAGUUCCAGAUGUCGGACAUUGGCUCCAGAUUACUCCUCGUGUCCAGUCGGGCGAGGAAUAAGCCGGCAAUCUAUGGUUCUCUCAAGCCCCACAUCAAGACCGUUGAGUACAACUUUGAUUCCCAUUCAAUGGAUGAUAUCUACGGCAUUAUAGCCAAGUUCUUGGUAGGUCAGAGAGUAGCCUCAAUGGCCAUUGUGCUUCAUAGCUCGGAAAAGGAACUGUUCCUUUGUGCGGCUGGAGAGGCGCGAUUGAGUUUGCGCACGAUCAUCAGUGAUGACCAUGUCCGUCAAUUCAUGGUGCGAAUAGUGACGGACUUCAUCGAUCUCGAGAAUUGGAGCUCUCGGCUCGACUUUUUGGCCACGUACAUGGCCGAGCAAAUUAACGGCGGUCUUCUUGCCAAAGAAUUGGAAACAUUGCUCGGUUGUCAAGUGGGCAUGUCCAAGAAUUUGGAAGGUUCCGAUAUUCAGAUGAUCAAGCGAGCUCCAGGUGGGGGAUUCGCUACGGUUGGUGACAUGUACUUUGAUUUGCCCACUCUCCAGAAUAAAUUGAGUCAAGUUGGCAGAGUCACAAAGGAUGGAGAACGGAAAUUAGAAAACUAUGAGAAGCUAAGAAUCGUGGGAAAAGGAGCCUUUGGUCAUGCAGUGCUUUAUCGAAGAAAGACGGACGGCCUUUUAGUCAUCAUCAAAGAGAUCAAUAUGUUGGAUCUAGCGGCGUCAGACAGACAAAUGGCCCUAAAUGAAGUCAAAGUCCUCGCCACGAUGGAUCAUCCCAGCAUCAUUGCUUAUCAUGACAGUUUCGAAAAGGAUGGUGUGCUCAUGAUCGAAAUGGAAUUUGCUGACGGCGGAAAUCUAGCAGAUUUUCUUAUCAAACGGAAGUCACCAAUUGAGGAACGUGACAUAUUGGACGUGUUCGAGCAAAUGGUCUCAGCCAUUCGGUACAUGCACGCCAAAAAUGUUUUGCAUCGGGAUUUGAAGACUGCCAACAUAUUCCUCACUAAAGAAGGGAUUGUGAAGAUCGGUGAUUUCGGAAUCUCGAAAUUAUUGACAAGCACGAAAGGUGGAGCCCACACCGUGCUAGGUACGCCCUACUACAUUAGUCCCGAAAUGUGCGAAGGGAAGGUUUAUGAUGAAAAAUCCGACAUUUGGGCCCUCGGAUGCAUCCUUUACGAGAUGGCUUGCCUUCAGAAAACCUUUGAGGGCUCUAACCUGCCCGCAUUGGUGAACAAAAUUAUGCGAGGUCAAUUUGCCCCCAUCCGAGGAAACUACUCCUAUCUGUUCAAGCAGCUCGUCCGAGAUUUAUUGCAACGGGACCCAGAGUUCCGACCGUCGGCCUCAGAAGUCCUUUUCUCGAAACUUCCGGAAUUGCAAGCCCAAUUUGAAGAGAGUCGGUAUUACGAUGAUCCUGAAGACCUUGAAGAAGUUAUGGCCGACAACUCAAACAAUAAAACACGCCAAAGCAGACCACCCAGAUCAGUGCUCUAUUAUCUGAAGGGUUACGAGUCGAGUAUAUCACUCACACCAAUUUCUCUUCCACCUCGAUGUCGCGUUCUACAGGUGGCGGUUAGUAACACUCACAUCGUGGCCUUAACAUCAGACUUGGUGGUAUUCACGUGGGGCGAAGGGCGGAAAGGCCAACUGGGUCACGGGGAAAUCGAAAGCUGGCGAUCUAGGCCUUUCCCAGUGGAAAGCCUCAAGGCCAAGUCAAUCACUAGAGUGGGAGCCGGUGAUGGGUUUUCGGUGUUUUCAAGUGAUAGCGGGAUUCUUAUGACUUGUGGCGACGGGUCCUUUGGAGCUCUAGGACAUGGAGACUGGCAAAGCAGUGGCAUGCCCAAAUUGGUGGAAACUUUGCUAACCAUCGAUGUGGCUGCAGUGGCUUGUGGUCCGGAACACGUGGUGGUUGUGGGCGGAAAGGGUGAUGUUUAUGCAUGGGGACGAGGAAAGAACGGAAGGUUGGGAUUGGGACACGAAGAGGAUUGUUGUACACCUCAAGAGGUCAAGAUCAAUACUGAGGAAGUGUUCAUCGUGAACGCCAAAUGUGGAGGAAACGCAACAAUGCUUUUGGCAGAUAAUGGUUCCAUAUAUGCAUGUGGAGGCAAUAGGUACAAUCGAUUAGGUGUCGACGAGACCAGAGGCUUAAUCAUGACCAAACACAUUGAUCAAUUGCUUGUGCCCACAAAAGUCAAAUCCAUUAAAAUGGCGAUCGUGGAGAUCGCCAUGAGUGCUACCCACAGUGUAUGUCUCACUGAUUCGGGGAAAGUCAUCACCUUUGGAAGGAACAGCGAGGCUCAAUUAGGAAGAGGUCAUUCCCGAAACUCGUUUCAGCCAGACUAUGUCAAGGCCCUUAUAGACAAGGAGGUGACCAUGGUAUCGUGUGGAGCCACUUUCACCGUGGUUGGCACCAAUGAAAACGUUCUUUACUUCUGGGGCACCCGAUUCAUCAGUCCAAUCACUCGACCAAACACCCGUGAUGCGUUCAGUCAAAGCUUCGGAGCCAGAAUUGCAACCCCAUACGAAGGGUCCUUAUCCGAUGCUGAAGUCCGCGAGAUGAUUCAUAAGGAAAUGCGACGAAGAGGAAAAGACAGAGACUCGCUCAGUGCCAGCCAUGCCGAUGAUAGGGAUGAUAAAACCUUGGAGACCUUAAGUAGCUCAGAUCUGCUCACCUAUCAAGGAGAGAUCACGAUGAAAGAUGUAGUCAUGGAGCCCCAAGAGAUUCUGGCCUUGUACGCUUCUCAGACCCAACUCGAGAAAGGAGAAACUGUUCUCCUUGGCGAUAUUCAAAGCCAAAACCAAAACGUGUUCCUAACAAUUGAAACCACAUGUCCAUUGGCCAGAGUCGAGCCGCCUCCAUCAUCCGGAAAAGAGUCCUCGCGGGAGCUGAACCAACCCGUCAUUUUGGAUAUGAAGGACUACGAGGACGAGCAUGACAACAACGCUGUUACUCAAGUCCCCGACUGGCUCAAAAAUGAAAUUGACGAGGCUGAAGACGUCAGACGACCACCUUCAACCCGCAAAAAAGUUCCGCCUCGAACGCCAUCGGGUCGUAAAAGGCCAAGUGUAGCAAUGGAACAUCAAAACGCAUCUUUAGACGAAUACAAGCGCAAGCUAGAUGUCGAAUAUCGCAGAAAACAAGAAGAGAUGCGAAUGGAAGCUCAAAAUGCAGUGCAGUUAAGGGAAAAAGCUUGGAACGAAAAAGUCGUGGCUCUUCGUGAUGAAUUAGAACGCCAAAAACUACGCCAAAAUGAGAACUUGGCGAAGAAGGAAAAAAACGCGGCUUCAGGCAGCACAACCUGUUUGAUUCAAUAAUGACCAAAGAUUGUUUUAUUAUAAUUUUGCAUAGAAAUAAACAUAACUCACGCAAAAGACAGGCCGGAAAUUAU